CGAGCGGGGCGGUCCUAGCCGCCGGCCCCGCGGUCCUGUGCUGCUCGGGGCUUUCCGGUGACGCUGACCUGACCAGCGCUAACCCAGGGUCCCCGGACGUUGUGAGGGGGUCGGAGCCCUAUUUGUUGUGUCCAAGGGUGUUUUCCCCGUGGACGGCUUGGGGCCCGUGUCUCCUAGGGGCCCUGUUCUGCAGCCGGCCAGUUUAUCUUUGGUGGGCAGCUUCUCACGAGUGAGAUCCCCAAACCCGACGUCACUCUGGCCAGAGCUCAGAUGGUGGCCCUGACCCGGGCUUUAACCUGGGAUUGUCGUGGAGGGGCCGAGAUGUGGGUUUCGUCAGCGGAGGAUGGCAGUCUUGCAGCUUAGGCUGGGGAAGUGGUGUGGGGCUGGCCAUUCUGGACAGGCCCCCUGGGCCAGGCAGCUCUGCUGGCAUUCUGCGCGUGACCACCGUUUCACAGCCCCGGCUUUCCUUUCCUGAAUGCGCUUUUGCCUCCAGCCACGUUGGGUGUACUCUGCAUUUUCCUUGUCCUUCCGUGUGUGGGCGCGGAGAGGAGACUGCUGUUUGUGCAUGACAAGCCCCUUUCAACCUUACUUGGGUUCCCACCAAGCAGGUGACCCUUGGGCCUUGGGGGCUGGUGGCCGGGGGACCCAACCUGUGAUUAGCAGGUGGGAGACCGAGCUGAUCACCCAGGACCGAUGAUCUCAUCAACCACACCUGUGUCACGGGGCCUCCACAAAGACCCCAAGGAAAGGGGCUCGGGAGCCUCCGGGCAGGUCAAGGGACACACGGAGUUGCCGGGAGGGUGGCGCGCCCCCGUGGGGCCUGGAGGCUCCCAGCCUCCUCCGCACCCCUUGCCCUGUGUGUCUCUUCCAUCCCUGUUCCCAAGAGUCCUAUCCUUGACGAUGGACCAGUAAACUGAGGGUUUCCCUGAGUUCUGUGAGCCGUUCUAGCAAAUUAUGGAAGCUGAGAAGGGCGGGUGGGCAUGAGAACCCCGACUCAGAGCCGAUGGAUCAGAGGCACAGGUGACAGCCUGGAUUUGUGACUGGCAUCGGAAGAGGGGGUGGUCUCGUGGGACUGGGCCCUCAGCCCCGGGGGUCUGCAUAAUGCCGGAUAAGAGUGUCAGAAUUGAGUUAAGUCGUAGGACACCCGGUCAAUGUCUGCAGAGAACUGCUUGGCGAGGAAAACCCACACACUUGGUGUCUAAAGGGUUGAAAGUGCAGAAAACGUUGCUUUCUUUUACACCAGAUGUUCUCUUGAGGCGGGGAACCUGACUGACCGGUGUCCCUGCUUCCUCCAUGCCCUAUGGCCCUGCUUCGGAAGUUGUCCAAAUGCUCAGCAAAGUCUUCCUUUCAACAGUACUUGACCUUAGGUUGAUACCCGCCUGCCAUAUUUGUCAUUCCGGGCUGGACGCCAUGUGAGAUACCCCCUGCACUGGGCGCUCACCAGGCUCUGACCUGGCGAAGGCAGACCUGAAGCGUUUCCUGCUUGUUGUGUAGGUGAAUACGUGCACAUGCCUGUGAAGGCUGGUGUGCACACUUGUGAACGCACACUUUCUGGAAAGUCAUGGAUGUGUGUCAGAUUCUGGGAGGAUCUAGGCCCCCCCAGCAAAUGCUGAACGGUGGACCCCUGGAAGUGUCCCCUGAUGUAGAAAAUGUUGGGGUUCGGCACUGACAGUCAAGAAGGAAUUCUUGAGAUGCGUUUUGGUGCAAAAAGGUGGUUUUAUUAAAACACGGGAAUAGGAAAUGUGGGCACAAAGAGCUGCACUGGGGGCGUGAGGAGCGAUGGAUUAUGUACUUUCAAGUUGGGAGGGGCUUAGAGAUAGCAUAAGUCUCUAAGAAAUUUUGGAAGCAAGGUUUCCAGGACCUCGAGGGGGCCAGCUGUUGUUAGGGAAGGGUCAUUACUACUGUCCAAUAAAUCCUAGUCAUGAACCCCUUCAGGUGUAGAUGAGCAGGCCAUAGGCUUGGAGUGUGGUUGCCAACAUGUAUCGUGGGCAGGAAAAGACAAGGGCAGUUUCCAAAGGAAUUUUUACAUGUUAAAGUAGACUUAUAGGAUCGGGGGUGUCAGGCUAAGGUUGCCUUUUGCCCUUAGCAAAGCGUCAUCAUGGAGGCAGCUGAGCUCCCAGAGGAAGGUCACUCUGCCAGUUUCAAGGACUUGUCAAUGGGCUGUAAGUUGUAAGGAAAUUUCAGUUUUCCUUUGCCUUUGGUUCUCACGUCAUCCCCCCCGCCCCACCCCAUGGCCUGUGCUCCGUGGGGCCUCCUGAGGUUUUGUGUCCUGAGGUGGAAUUCAGCUCCCAGGCAGCCCUCUUGAGCUUCUCACCCACUGUGUGGAAGUUUCUGUGGCACGGGGCACCUUUCCAAAUGAGUGUUUAUCCACAUGAUAAAAUCUCUAGUGCCCAGAGAGCCAUGAGCAAACAAGACAUCCCCUGCCCUGCUGCCCACCCCGAUGGGGGUGCACGCUUCCUCCCUAGCCCUCCCCCCCCCCCCCGCACUUCCUAUUUCCUUAUCACUGCUUCCCUUCCCUUGGUUUCACGGAGCUACCGUAACAAAUCACCCCAAACUGGGUGGCUUAAAACAACAGAAAAAUAUUUUCUCAUGCUUCUGGAAGCCAAGUCCAAGGUAAAAGUGUCCGCUCACUCCAAAGGCCCUAUAGGAAGAUGGUUCCGGCUGCUGGUGGCCGCUGUUCUGCGUGCUGGGUCCCUCGCAGCAGCAGGUGGAGAGCAGGCUCGGCGAGCUCCUGAAAUGCCGGCAGCCCGCGCCGCCGACGCCAUCGCCCCCGCGGGCGCAGCCGCCGGGACCCUGGCCCCUGUCGAGCACCCUGACUGGCCGGUGAGAGAGGGCGUGUCUGGGCCGCUGCCGCAUCCUCUACGCCUGGUGCCCUACAGGUGCACGCUCGAGCCAGUGUCCUUUCACCAGAAGGCCUGUGGAGGGGCCUUACGUAAAUGACUCCAGGCAGCAGGCAGGUGGGCGCCUGCCCCUCGGGCCCCUACGCAGCCUUGGUCAGGCCACCACCGUGGUCCCUGUGAUUCACAGCCUAUGGCUGCAAUUCCCUUUUUUGUUUUGCUUUUUUGAUGCCCGGCCUCCACUUUCCUGGAACCAGCAGCCUUUGUGGGGGCGGGGGUGGCAGGCGAGGGGCUGUCCGAGGCAAGGACAAACCUUCACACCCCCUGGCUGGUGCAGCUCAGGCCUGGGAGGAGCCCCGCCCCUCUACAUUUUCUUGGGCCACCAGACCCUGCCGGCCCAGAGCUGGCGGGACUGGUGCCCCUCAAGACCCUCCUCUUUA